GUGUGUAUAUGUGUACACACAACACACUAAAACGUUGUCCCUCGCUUUUCAUCUGUUACCCUCGCAACUUUGUUGGCGUCUGUUAACAUUGUGGUGCUGUCUCCAAACACACUCACAACACAUAACAAACUCAUUCCAUCAACUCACUGUCCAAAACCCUAAUCUUUCACUGUUCUCCUGUUGUCACGCUGACCCAACACUUUUUUCACUUGAACUUCAGGAAAGGAACCCUUUUUACCACACCCACAUGAAAUCAUCGUCCAUUCAGGUCUGGGUUCGUUUGCUCAAUAUCACUGAUUCAUUUGGCAAGUAAAGGUUCAAUCUUUUUGUGUCUUUGUGUUUUUGUUGAAUCUUUUAGCAUCCAUCAGGUUGAUAGUUUAGGGAGUUGUGUGUUUGGGCAAGUGGGGUUUAGAAGGGGAAAUCUUGGGAGUUGGGUGGAUUGGUGAGAGAAAAAGGCAGUUAUGGUGACUGCUGAGACUGAGAUUGGUGGGGAUCAGAAGGGGAUUGCUGCUCCUAAGUCUCCUUGGAAGACUCCUGCUGGUGAUGGGAAGGGAAGUGAUGUGUCUGUGAUGAUGGGCACUGAGUCUUGGCCAGCUCUCUCUGAUGCACAAAGACCACCCAAAAAUGUUGAGAUUGCUGCUGCUUCUGUGGCAAAUGUUGGUGAGGUUGCUCCUAGACCUCCUUCUAUGCAGAAGGUGAAUGGUUCUGGAAAUACUAACCCGGUACAUAAGCUGCCAUCAUCCCGUCAUCCAAAGCCGGGUGCUAAGCGAAACUCAAGUGGUGCGCCUCCCUUUCCUGCUCCACUGCCUUAUCUUCAGCCAGUUCCUCCAAUUUUUUAUCCUAUGGUACCGCCUCCACAUGUUGCUGUUCCUGGUUAUGCUUUUCCACCUGGUCCAGGACAUUUUCCGGGUGUAGAAACUCCUUUGGGGAAGCCGGUAUCCCAGCCACCACCAGGACAAGCUUUUGCUCCGCCUGCUCAUGCUGCUGAUCCCAAAAGCACUCAGUCGCCAGUGCAAGGGGAGCCAAAUGCUUAUGCUGCUAAUUUUUCUAAUGGAAGACCAAACAUCCAAGAACAAGGUGACCAUCUAAAUCCUGCCUGGCAUCAUCAGAGACCUUUUCCUUCCAGAGCUAACAUUCCUAUGCAACAUGGCUUUGGACCAAGGCCAUUUAUACGGCCUCCAUUUUAUGGUCCGCCUCCGGGGUACAUUGUUGGUCCAGGCUUCCCAGGAUCUGCCCCAUAUUGGGGUGUCACUAUGCCACCUCCUGGCUCCAUUAGAGGACCCCAUCCUCGGCAAUUUGUUCCAUAUCAUGUCAACCCUACCCCUCAGCCACCGCCUCCAGACACUGCAUCUUUGAGGACUAGUAUUGUCAAACAGAUAGACUAUUACUUUAGUGACGAAAAUCUGCAGCAUGACCAUUACCUUAUUUCCUUGAUGGAUGACCAAGGAUGGGUUCCCAUAUUCACUAUUGCUGGUUUUAAAAGGGUCAAGAGGAUGAGCUCAGACAUACCUUUCAUCCUUGAUGCACUUCAGAGCUCUAAUAAUGUGGAAAUUAAGGGUUACAAAAUAAGGAAAUGUGAUAAUUGGUCAAAAUGGAUUCGAAUUUCUUCAGGAAAUUCAGGAUCAUCUACAGCUCAGAUUGAGCAGAACCAACUUAUAGAUGGUGCUAUCAAUUCCCUUGAGAAUAGUGAUGCUGCUGGAGAUAACACAAUAGAGACAUCUGAGGCAAAUCCUAAAGAUGUUGUUCAUAACUCAAUUUUGGCGGAACACAAUCAACUCAAUGAAGAUAAGUUGCAAGUUUCACAUGAAAACCAAGGAAACAAUACGGAGAACCAUUAUUCCAAUGGUAAACCGAUUGUGGCAAGUGGUGAAAGUGUCAAAUUGUGUGACUUUGACACAAUUAGUAGUAAUUUACGUGAUCUACAAGAAACUGAGCCCAAAAUAUUUGACAAUAAUGAGACUAGAAACCUGGAUGCAUUGAAUGAUAUGGAUGUCCAGGACCUUACAAAUGAUUUUGGCAAUACCUUUAUGCUCGAUGAAGAGAUAGAGCUUGAGCAGAAGAUGAUAAAGAAGAGUGAACUUUCUUCUAGUGGAAGGAUUGAGGAUGAAGAUGAUGAGAUGGCUGUCAUUGAACAGGAUGUUCAGAGACUAGUAAUUGUCACCCAGAAUGCUGAUCCUAAACAAGGAUAUAGAGGUGGUGGCAAAGAAUCAAAAUCCAUUUCCAAUGAGCUUGCUUCUGCAAUAAACGAUGGGCUUUACUUCUAUGAGCAGGAGCUGAAACAUAGGCGGUCUAAUCGUAGUAGAAAGAAUAACUCUGAUAGUAGAGAUCGGAAUAUCAAAUCUCCUAGCCAUAAUUCGGGUGUGUCAAAUCUAAAGGCAGUUGAGAAUAUUGGUGCAAACAGUGUUGAAGAGUCUGGAAGCAAUACUUCUCGAAGGAAACAGAAAGUAUUUCACAAGCAACCAUCUUCCCUUAAGCAGCGGUUUUUCUCAAGUAAUUUUAGAAAUCAUGGAACUAGUCGUAAUUCUCAUGGAAUCAUAUCUGAAAGUCCACCUAGUAAUUCAGUCGGAUUUUUCUUUGCUUCUACGCCUCCUGAAAAUCAUGGUUUCAAGCCUUCCAAAUUGAGUAGUUCACCUCAUGGGGGCCUUUCUGGUAGUCCACAUGGGGGAUUUUCGGGCAGUCCACAUGGAGGUUUUUCGGGCAGUCCUCAUGGGGGGUUCUCUGGUAGUCCACCUGUGGGUUCCAUGCCAAAGUCUUUUCCACCGUUUCAGCAUCCGAGUCACCAACUCUUGGAAGAAAACGGUUUCAAACAGCAGAAGUACUUGAAGUAUCAUAAACGGUGUUUGAAUGAUAGAAAGAAACUUGGAAUUGGUUGCAGUGAGGAAAUGAAUACAUUAUACAGGUUCUGGUCUUAUUUUCUUCGGGACAUGUUUGUGCCUUCUAUGUAUAAUGAAUUUAAGAAAUUAGCUAAGGAAGAUGCUGCUGCUAAUUAUAAUUAUGGCAUAGAGUGUCUUUUCAGAUUCUACAGUUAUGGUUUGGAGAAGGAAUUUAGAGAUGAUUUAUACAGGGAUUUUGAACAUCUCACUCUGGAUUUCUACCAUAAGGGCAACCUGUAUGGCCUGGAAAAAUAUUGGGCAUUUCACCAUUACCGGAAGAUCCGUGACCACAAAGAACCUUUGAAUAAACACCCUGAUCUGGACAGGUUGCUCCGGGAAGAGUAUAGGGGUUUGGAGGAUUUUCGUGCCAGAGAAAAGACUGUAGUGAAAGAAGAUUUGAAUUAAGUUGAGUGAUAUGCCUGGUAAAUAGACAUGGCAUAGAGUUUUGAUGGCAUUCCCAAUUUUGAUGAGAAGUCUUGACAACAUAACAAUAGAGUUGUUGUGAAGUAACCGGCCUGCAUUUUGGUUUGAAUGGAAAAAAGAGAGGAAGAUUGUUUGUUUGUUCUCUAUAUUUGGUGAGAAAUCUCAUCAAGAGGAUUGCUGAUUGCCUAGUGUUUUCAGAUUUCUUUGAUGAUGAUGAUGAUUGUAUAUGGUAUACACCACUGCAUCCUUUCUUUGGUGGAUCUUGCAGACUUUGGGAGACACAUUUUCUUGUCUCCAAAAAUGUUGUACAUAAAGAUGAUAGAGACUAGAAGUUGUGACAUUACAGCAUAAGAAAAAGAGGUUCUUGUUUUUAUUUUUGGUGGGGGGAUGAAAAAGGGGAAAAGGGUUGUACUUAUAUCUUGCCAAACUUGAACAAUAAGAGUGAGAAUCUUCUUACUGUACUUUGUCUUCCUCAUUUCAUUUAUCUGACAAUUCUUCUCUCACCAAA